UGAUGCUCGCAUAGUUACUUGUUUUUGUUUUGUAUAUAAAAACGAAUACAUCAACCGCGUGUAGACUUUGACAAUUUUCCUGAAACCAACAAGACAUCAUUUUAAUUUGUUGAAACUCAUCAUGAUGGAUCGUGCAUUAACGUCGAGAGACGAUGUGGAAAAAGUUGUUGCCUUGGUGGAAAAGACUUUAGUGCCAAAACAUUCGCAAUCCAUUCGUCCUUGCGCAGCAGACGAUUUUAAAAAUUACAAAGAAACUUUGAAAUGCAAUCUUGAGCUCAUCAAAAACUUAUUAGAAGAUAAGAUAAUUAUAAAUUCUAACAUAGAAAAAAUUUUUAUAAAAAUUUUUAUUAUUGUUGGAGAACAGUCUUCUUUGCAACUUUGGAAUGAUGAAGAGCAUGUACAGCAAGCUAAAUUAAUUGAAAAUAAACUCUGUGAAAUCUUUAAUUGUGAAAAUGUAGGAAUUUGGCUUGAGAACGAAGAUAAUUUCAACAAGAUAUCUGUUGAAUUACGUCCAAAACUACUAAAAGAUACAUGGAAAAGUUAUCCAGGAGCUGUUGCCUGUUACAAAUGGCUCUUGCAGACCAUAUCAUCUUCUAUGACAAGAUCUCAGUUGAAUGCAGUUACACCUAUUCUCUCUUCUCAACUAUUUUCAAUAAUACCUACUGCUUUGAUCAUUUGCGAUGAUUACGUUGAAGAAAACAAAUUAACUGGUUUAGAAUGCCUUCAAAUGAUUAUCAACAGCUGUUCUAAGACUAGACUUUUACAAAAAGCUAAUUUAGAUAAAGUUAUUUUUGACACUUUAUUGAAUAUGACUUACAAGACAGAAAAAAAACCUUUAUUACCUCUAUACUUUUGUAUUGCAGGUUUAUUGGAUAUUUUUGAAUACAAUGAUAAAUUUUGUGAAUCUAAGAAAAUGUAUGAUUGGUCUGAAAGAGAUACAAUCAUUCAAGUAACUAUUAACCAAAUGAAACUUCACUUUAACAUAGAAAGUUGCGCAGACUAUAGUAAAUGCUUGACUUUACUUUUAAAUAAAUUUUCAAGCAAAUGGGCACUUCAGUUAAUUGAAACUUUUCAUCAAUUAUGCGAGAUUACCAACUAUAAUGCAACAGUUAUUCCUCUAAUAAAUGUUAUAAAAAAUUAUCUAUUAAUUUAUAAACCUCAGGAUCCUCAAGUGUAUCAAAUUCUCCAAACAGAUUUGUUGAAAGUUAAACUUAUGUUGGAUAUGCAAGAACAACCAUUUGAAGAGGUAGAAUCGAAUCUGUCUACUUUUGAAUCAAUGCACUCUCUCUUGGAAAAACUUUGUCCAAAUCUUGUAAAGAACUUGAACAAACUCAUCUAGACAGAACUAAGUGGGGUCAGUAGUAGGAGCAUCGGUAUAAGAUGGCGAGCUGCGAAGACUAGGUGUACCGACGUCGAAAAAAAAGUACGUUGGGGCGCCGGCGCGCG